GCUCAGCCAAUCAGAGUGAGCCAGGUCACACGGAUGACCAGGAAGAGAAGAUGGCUGCAAAGAAUGGAAAGAACAGUCUGCUACAAAAAUGGAAGAUUGAUGAAAAACCUGUCAAGAUUGACAAAUGGGAUGGUGCAGCUGUGAAGAACUCACUUGACGAUGCAGCGAAGAAGGUACUCAUUGAGAAGUAUGGUUAUGUUGAGAGCUUCAACCUUGUAGAUGGACGUCUUUUCAUUUGUACAGUCUCCUGCCUUUUUGCCAUUGUAGCCUUAAUUUGGGACUACCUGCACCCGUUUCCAGAGUCCAAACCAGUCCUGGCAUGCUGUGUUGUUUCAUAUUUCAUAAUGAUGGGCAUCCUAACCUUGUAUACCUCCUACAAAGAGAAAAACAUCUUUCUUGUGGCUUCCCAAAAAGACCCAACUGGCAUGGACCCCGAUCACAUCUGGCAGCUUUCAUCAAGUCUUAAAAGGUUUGAUGAUAAGUACACACUGAAAGCGUCCUUUACAGAUGGAAAAACCAAGCAGUCUCGGGCGACUGAGUUCACGAAAUCCGUCAGUACCUUCUUUGAUGGAAAUGGAACAUUGGUGAUGGACCAGUAUGAAAAAUGUGUGUCAAAGCUACAUGACACAUUGGCGAUGGAGAAGAAAACUAAAUAAAGUUGAACAGAAACUCAGUGUACCAGCAUAGCCCCAGCUCUUGGGGGGUGGGGGUGGGACUAUUUCACUGGGAAUGAAAUGUCUGUCAAAUGUUAGCCUUCAGUUACAGGGGUGAUAGCGUUCCGGCGCUGC